AAGACCGGAACUAUUCUUUUUACCUCAGUUAGCGGAACUAUAAGGAUUAACGUCGUUUUCACGAGAUUUAAACACCGACGGACAAUAUGCCCGUCCUUUUGAUAAUUUCUCUUUGUUUAAUACGUGAACAUUAGUUUUAGAACUAUCCAGCCUCCAGUCGGACUUCUACCCCCAGUCURAGGUGGAGAUGACCUGAGGUUAUCUGUGGUGAAUCCCUUUUCAGGCGUUGUUCUGCGCGUCUGCAGAGACAUGUGUGAUCCGGAGCAGAAGGACCUGUAUGCUGUGCUCGGUGGCAGCCCGUCGGACUCCCUGCAGCAGCUCAGACACAGAUACCAGCAGCUGGCUCUGAAGCACCAUCCAGACCGUCUUGGAGGUGAAAACCCUGCAGAGUCUAGCGUGAAAACAUUUCUUGAAGUUGAUGCAGCCUGGAAGAUUCUUGGUGACCAAACCACAAGAAGAGAAUAUGACCUGCAGAGGAGAGCACAGGAACUGAAACAGGACUGGACAGUAGAUUCUACCGUCGACCUAGAGGACAUGACAUGGGAGACAGAUGAGUGUGAAUGCAGCUACAGCUGCCGGUGUGGAGGAACAUUCAGCGUCUCGAAGGAGGAGKUGGAGGAGGAGACACAAAGGAGGCUGCAGGAGCUUAAUGAGCAGGAAAUGCACCAAGGAGCGCAGAGCGGSGUCCUCGUCUGCUGCGAUACCUGCUCACUCACUAUUUAUGUCACUUGGUCGCUAAAUAAAAAGAUGCAAAUGUCAAAAUAAAUAUUUUUUAAAUGCAG